UGCGCCGGGGAGGCGGAGGUUGCAGUGAGCCGAGAUGGUGCCUCUGCACUCCAGCCUGGGCAACAGAGCUAGACUCCAUUUCAAAAAGAAAAGAAAAAUCCUAAAACCGGAAGGAACCAUAGUGACCUUCUGAGUUAUUUCACAAAUGAGAAGCAAUCUGAAGCUGGGUGCAGUGGCUCACGCCUGUAAUCCCAGCACUUUAACACUUUGGAAGGCUGAGGCGGGUGGAUCGCUUGAGCCCAGGGGUCGGAGAUCAGCCUAGGCAACAUUGCAAACCUCAUCUCUUAAAAAAAUAUGAAAAUUAGUUUUGGUGGAAUGCACCUGGAGUCGCAGCUAGCUGGGAAGCUGAGGUGGGAGACUGAGUCUGCAGUGAGUGGAGAUGGCGCCACUGCUCUCCAGUGUGGACAACAGAGUGAGACCCUGUCUCAAAAAAUAAAUAAAUAAAAACAAGAGAGAAGCAAUCUCAGAUUAAAUGGUAUUCUUGAGGUUAUAUAGUGAGGUGAUACUGUUUUACAGAAGGCAAAUAAGAGUCAUAGCUGAAGCUUGAAGAAAACGCUUGAAUGAAAUACAGAAAACAAGAAACCAAAGACUCAACAUUGGGGUAAAGCCUACAGGUGAGAGCAGGAUGCUGUGGGGAGGUGGACUGAAAUUACACAAAGGAAACAAAUUGACAUGUAGCAGGUGAACCAAAGUAAUGCAGUGUUAUUGGAGCUAUGAGAAAAUUUUCAAGAAAUUAAUACUCUAGGUAAGAAGGAUGAGGACUGCUAAAAUGCCGUUUAAUUUUCCAAGGCGGCAGUCUGUAACUCACAAAAUUAUGAUUUCAUUAGUCUUGGAAAUACGGACUAGAGUACCAGGUCUUAAUUUGAGAUUGUGUUUUUUCCUGGAUCCUUGUUUAUGUCUAUUUUGUAACAGUCGCAGUAUAUGCACUAUGAAUUUUUCUAGAACUGUGCUGUCUAGUGUGGUAGCAACUAGCCGUAAGUGGUUAUUCAAAUAGAAAUGUAAAACUCGAUUCUUCAUUUGCAGCAGCCACAUUUCGAAUGCUUACUAGCCACAUACGUCAUUUUGGACAGUACCUUGGACCCACCUCCUCUGUCAUGUCGGACAGCACAGAUAAUAGAACUUUCUCAUCACUGCCGGAAGUUAUGUUGGACAACCUGUCACGAAAUCGUCUUUCAGAAAUUCCUAUAGAAGCAUGUCACUUUGUUUCUCUGGAAAAUCUCAACUUGUACCAAAAUUGUAUUCGGUAUAUUCCAGAGGCAAUUUUAAACCUACAAGCGCUAACGUUUUUAAAUAUUAGUCGGAACCAACUGUCAACAUUGCCGGUACACUUGUGUAAUUUGCCGUUGAAAGUUUUAAUUGCUAGUAAUAACAAAUUGGUAUCACUUCCAGAAGAAAUUGGACACCUUAGACAUUUGAUGGAACUUGAUGUGAGCUGCAAUGAAAUUCAAACUAUACCUUCCCAAAUUGGUAACCUGGAGGCCUUGAGAGACCUUAAUGUAAGAAGAAAUCACCUAGUACAUUUGCCUGAAGAGCUGGCAGAGUUGCCUUUGAUACGGUUAGACUUCUCAUGCAAUAAAAUUACCACAAUUCCUGUUUGUUAUCGGAACCUCAGGCACCUACAGAUGAUCACCCUAGAUAACAAUCCACUACAGUCACCUCCUGCACAGAUAUGUAUAAAAGGCAAAGUCCACAUAUUUAAAUACCUGAACAUACAAGCUUGUAAGAUUGCUCCAGAUCUGCCAGAUUAUGAUAGGAGACCAUUGGGUUUUGGCUCCUGCCAUGAAGAAAUGUACUCAAGUCGCCCGUAUGGAGCCCUUGAUUCAGGCUUCAAUAGUGUGGACAGUGGUGAUAAGAGAUGGUCAGGGAAUGAACCUACAGAUGAAUUUUCCGAUCUGCCUCUUCGAGUAGCAGAGAUGACUAAAGAACAAAGACUGCGAAGAGAAAGCCAGUACCAAGAGAAUCGCGGCAGUUUAGUGGUAACAAAUGGUGGAGUGGAACAUGAUCUGGAUCAGAUUGACUUCAUAGACAGCUGUACCGCAGAGGAAGAAGAGGCCGAGGUGAGACAGCCCAAGGGACCGGACUCAGACAGCCUUAGUUCACAGUUUGUGGCAUAUAUUGAACAACGGCGAAUCUCUCAUGAGGGUUCACCAGUAAAGCCAGUAGCCAUUAGGGAGUUUCAAAAAACAGAAGAUAUGAGAAGAUAUUUACAUCAAAACAGGGUUCCAGUUGAGCCAUCUUCUCUCUUGUCACUAUCAGCAAGUCACAAUCAGCUGUCACAUACAGACCUGGAACUUCAUCGGAGAAGGGAGCAGUUAGUAGAGCGCACUCGCAGAGAGGCUCAGCUCGCUGCCCUGCAGUAUGAAGAGGAGAAAAUAAGGACCAAGCAGAUCCAGAGAGAUGCUGUCCUGGACUUUGUCAAACAAAAAGCAUCACAAAGUCCACAAAAACAGCAACCCCUCCUAGACGGUGAGUGCCCCUUCCCAUCCAGAAGGUCUCAGCACACUGAUGAUAGUGCCUUGUUAGUGUCGCUGUCAGGUUUGAAUCAAGUGGGCCGUGCUGCUCCCCUGCCUCAUUCUUCUGCCUUCACGCCUCUUAAGAGUGAUGACAGACCUAAUACUCUAUUAAGUUCACCUACAACAGAAACAGUUCAUCAUUCCUCUGCGUAUGCUUUUCCUGCUGUUAUCCAGAGAAAUCAGCCUCAGCGCCCUGAAAGCUUCCUUUUCCGGGCAGGUGGCAGGGCAGAAACCAACAAAGGUCAUGCUUCACCCCUUCCUCCGUCUGCUGCACCUACCACUGAUUCUACAGAUUCCAUAACAAGACAGAAUUCAAGACAGAGAGAAGAAGAGCUGGAAUUAAUAGAUCAACUGCGUAAACAUAUUGAGUGCCGGUUGAAAGUGUCUUUGCCCUGUGAUCUUGGAGCAGCUCUAACUGACGGUGUUGUUCUCUGCCAUUUGGCUAAUCAUGUACGGCCUCGAUCUGUCCCCAGCAUUCAUGUUCCCUCACCAGCUGUACCUAAAUUAACAAUGGCGAAAUGCAGGCGAAAUGUGGAGAAUUUCCUAGAAGCUUGCAGAAAAAUUGGUGUACCUCAGGAGCAAUUAUGUUUGCCUCUCCACAUUUUAGAAGAGAAAGGUUUGAGCCAGGUUGCAGUGACGGUCCAGGCUCUCCUGGAACUUGCCCCACCCAAGCAACAGCAGCACCAGUUAUCUGCUGUUUAAGGAUUCCCAAGACCUUAGGCCAUUGGCCUGGCCAAAACAAGGAACAGGACAACGUGAUUGCUGCUGCCAGCUGUCUGCUUAAACAAAGCUCUUAUGUGUUCUCAGAAGGGACUGUUUCCAUGAUUCCUAACAGGAAUAUUUUGCAUCAUUUCUCCAUUUUAGGGGAGGUUAUAUCCAUUUCCAUUGAAUUUUUUUUACGAAGACGCCAUUGGUUUUCUCAGAUGAAACUUCUUCCGUUACUGAAAACCCGACACCUGACCUGGCUGUAUUUUCCUAGAGAGCAGGCUCAUUUCACACACCAGAAAGCACAUCUUCUGCGUUAGGCACCAGCAAGCUGUGCCGUUGUUUUUACCCGCUCUCAAGACAGCUGGUCUGCUGGUUUCUAAACUUGGUUGUUCGUUAGAAUCUCCUGGAGUGUUUGUUAAAAUACAGAUUCACAUUCAGGAGGUCUGGGGUAAGGCCUAGGAAUCUGCAUUUUCAACAACCGUUGCACAUGUUUUUGAGAAGGAGUUCCGCUCAGUCACCAGGCUGGAGAGCAGUGGCGCGAUCUCGGCUCACUGCAACCUCCGCCUCCCGGGCUCAAGCGAUUCUCUUGCCUCAGCCUCCCCAGUAGCUGGGACAACAGGCGCCCACCACCACGCCCGGCUAAUUUUUGUGUGUUUUUAGUAGAGAUGGGGUUUUGCCAUGCUGGCCAGACUGGUCUCAAACUCCUGACUGCAAGUGAUCCACCCACCUCGGCCUCCCAAAGUGCUGGGAUUACAGGCGUGGCCACUGCGCCUGCCCAUUGCACAUGUUUUUCAUUUAGUGGAAACCACUGUUCAAAGCUAGAUAUUUGUAUGUUUGGUGGGGGAGUGUAAUGGCCCCACUACAUUUUUCACCCACAUUUAAAAUCAAAAGCUGUAUUAUGAGGAGCUGGACUAUUCUGUCAAAGGCAAAACAAAAAUAAUAUAGAAAGCUUUUAUUUUGCAUAGUCUUUUCUUUUUUUUUAAGAGUUGGGGUCUCGCCGUGUUGCCCAGGCUGGUCUGAAACUCCUGGGCUCAAGUGAUCCUCCUGCCUCGGCCUCCCAAAGUGCUGGGAUUACUGGAGUGAGCCACUGGGCCUGGCCCAAAUUUUGCAUAGUGAAACAGUGAAACAGAUACAGUUGUAUUUAAGGUCAGUGUUCUAGGCUCCCUUCAACUGCAGUCCAUCAUAGAGGAUGGUUCUAUGUCAUCCUGUUAUCUAGACAUUAUAAACAAGCCCUCUAUACACAGGUUCCAAACCCUUAAUCUGAUAGCACACUGCUGUGUGUCGCCUGCUUUGGUCUCACUGAGCCUCCCUCCCCAGCCUCCUCACCCUCCUCACGCUGCUCCGCGGACACCUGGGCCUGUAGACACGUUGCAGUCACAGCACAUACACUUCGAGCUCAGGAAAGCCUAGUUUCUUAUAUUUCUUUCAGGUAACUGCCAGUUUCUGUGGCUGAAUUAAAGCACUUACGGCAUCUUAAAAACAACUUCCUAGCUGUGUGUGGUGGUUCACGCCUGUAAUCUCAGCACUUUGGGAGGCUGAAGAGGGCAGAUCACCCGAAGUUGGGAGUUUGAGAACAGCCUGACCAACAUGGAGAAACCCUGUCUCUACUAGAAAUACAAAAUUAGCCAGGUGUGGUGGCUCAUGCCUGUAAUCCCAGCUACUCGGGAGGCUGAGGCAGGAGAAUCACUUGAACCGAGGAGGCGGAAGUUGUGAUGAGCCGAGAUCGUGCCACCGCACCCCAGCCUGGGCAACAAAAGCAAAACUCCGUCUCAAAAAAAAAAAAAAAAAAAAACACGCCCCAUCUGGCUCCACCACUAGUGCCUUUAUAUACUGAAUUAUGGGUGGAGGAAAAGGACCCAAGGGGUCAACACCACACAGGAGCUUUUAUUCAAGUUUCAGCUAGUUGGGUUUUCCUUCCCCUGCAUUUUGAACCCCUCUUAGUUGUUGGUGAUAUAUUCUGGUGUUCACUGCCUUUGUAAAACAAGUAAAUAAAGUAAGUGGAAGAUAU